CAUCGCUAUCCUGCUACCCCCCCAUCGACUUUCUCCACGCCAUCAUUUUCUUGUACGCGCCCCCUCUAAGCUCGAUUAUGCAGCUUACCUGCCUGCGUCUACAUAUCUCAGUCUCCUCUCCGUCAUGACGCUUGUCGAUGAGAAGCAGGUACUGGCGAGGCAGCAGUCUCUCCAGCAGCAGUCUUCCAGCGAACAUGUCUCAGAGCCCGUCCUCACCGACGGCUUCCAGCUGCCAGACCUCAACGCGGCAGAGAGCGAGCCUCCACCCUAUGGAGACCACCGCGACCAUGUCCAAUUCUAUCAGCCUGGAUUUGAGGCUGGUGCAGCAGUAACAGGUGAUGGUCGCGUCAACAUCAACAUCAACACCAAGAACAGGCGACUUGCCGACCUGCUGGGCCCUACCCUCCAAAGCCAAGUGUCACCCGAUGCCGAUAUCCCCGUACUUCCUCCCGCCUACAUCCCACCGAGCCUCGGUGGCCAGCCUGGCCAGGUUCCUCCCCCGCAGCUCAAUGUCGUCAUCCAGAUCGUGGGCUCUCGAGGUGACGUUCAGCCCUUUGUUGCCCUGGGAAAGAUCCUUAAAGAUACAUACGGCCAUCGAAUUCGAAUUGCAACCCAUCCCACUUUCCAGAAAUUCGUCGAGGAGAAUGGGCUUGAAUUCUUCAGUAUUGGUGGCGACCCCGCAGAGCUCAUGGCUUUUAUGGUCAAACACCCUGGUCUCAUGCCUGGAUUCGAUGCCAUUACCAGCGGUGAAGUGAGCAAGCGAAGGAGAGGAAUUCAAGAGAUUCUCAUGGGAUGUUGGCGAUCGUGCAUCGAAGCAGGAAAUGGCCUGGGACCGCCACCAAAGCCUCACGCCAAGAGUGCGCCCCUUGAUGCAUCGCUGGAACUACAGGGGGACCCAUUCGUCGCUGAUGCUAUCAUUGCGAACCCCCCUAGUUUUGCUCACAUUCACAUUGCUGAGAAAUUGGGAAUCCCACUGCACAUGAUGUUCACAAUGCCAUGGUCACCCACUAGGGCCUUCCCUCACCCCUUGGCAAACAUCCAAUCUUCAAAUGCCGAUGAUGUUAUGACAAACUACAUGACAUAUACUCUAGUGGAAAUGAUGACCUGGCAAGGCCUCGGCGAUGUCAUCAAUCGGUUCCGAGACUCGGCUCUAGAUUUACCCCCAUUAUCACUAAUCUGGGCACCGGGACUACUCGCGAGACUCAAGGUCUCUUGGACCUAUUGUUGGUCCCCUGCAUUGAUUCCCAAGCCUAAUGAUUGGGGAAGGCACAUUGACAUUGCCGGCUUCUUUUUCCUCAAUCUGGCCUCUGCAUACACUCCGGACCCUCAACUAGAAGCCUUUUUACGCAGCGGACCUCCCCCAGUCUACAUUGGAUUUGGCUCCAUCGUUGUCGACGACCCUAACGCUAUGACUGAAAUGAUAUUCGAGGCUGUGAAACUUUCCGGCGUACGAGCGUUAGUUUCCAAGGGAUGGGGUGGUCUUGGAGCUGACGAACUUGGCAUUCCCGAUGGGGUAUUUAUGCUGGGAAAUGUUCCUCACGACUGGCUCUUUGAGCAUGUCUCCUGUGUCGUCCAUCACGGUGGUGCUGGAACAACAGCUGCCGGCAUCAAGGCUGGCAAGCCCACCUUGGUUGUUCCCUUCUUCGGCGACCAGCAAUUCUGGGGUUCGAUGAUAGCAAGAGCUAAGGCUGGGCCGGACCCUAUUCCCUAUAAAGAUCUGACGGCAGAGAAACUAGCCGAAGCGAUUAAAUUCUGCCUUCAACCGGAAACUCUGACCCAAGCCACCCAGCUGGGCCAGAAGAUCAGAGAAGAAAAGGGCACGGAUACAGGUGGCCAGUACUUUCACAACCACCUCGACACAGACAAGUUGCGGUGCUCUGUGGCACCCAGCCGGGCCGCCGCCUGGCGGGUAAGAAGGACUCAAGUCCGACUCAGCCCAUUCGCAGCUGCGACAUUGGUUGAUGAAGGUCUCUUGGAGUAUUCCAGCCUCAAGCUGUAUCGUUCAACGGAAUACAUCACUGAAGAUCAGCCUCCGGACCCCAUUUCCGCCGGCGCAUGCUCCCUGGUCGCAGAUUUAGGCGGAAUCGGAAUGGCGAUCGCUGACAUGCCUCGGGAUCUCUUCAAGAGCUUCAAAAAGGUCAAACAAAGCAACGCAGCUCAGUCGCAACCGCAGACACAACCACAGACGCAGCCGGCAGAAUCCACAGAGAAACUUUUGCCGCUAUCAGGCGAGAGUACAGAACCGACGCCGUCUAUCGCGGAGCUCGACUCUAGCUCAGUCCACCCCCCGAGCGAAUCCAGUGUUGGUGUACAAUCAUCAACAAUACCUACAAGCCAUUCUAACAUAUCCCAACCCUCCUUGAGUGAUGCGACAUCCACGAUCGCAUCAUCCACAUUCUCCAACUCAUUGUCACCAGGGCCGUCAAACCCCCAGAGACCUACCUCUCGUUCUUCAAAGGAGCAGAUUUCCCAGGCAUUCUCAGACCUUGAGUUCUCCACAUCGAACCGCGCUCGGCUUGAUGCGGCAGUUGGGACGGGUCGGGGAGUCGGCCGUAUUGUGUCUACGGGAGUCAAGUCGCCGAUGAACUUCUGUCUUGGAUUGGCAAAGGGAUUUCGAAACAUUCCGAGGCUCUACAACGACGACACUAUUCGACCAGUCGAGAAGGUCACAGACCUCAGCACAGGAAUUAAAGUUGCUGGCAAGGAGCUUGGCUAUGGUUUCUUUGACGGCGUUGCAGGUCUUGUGACGCAACCCUGGAAAGGAGCCGAGAAAGAAGGUGCUCCCGGUUUAGUCAAGGGAUUCGGAAAGGGUAUUGGUGGUUUGAUCGCAAAGCCAGCCGCUGGAGUUCACGCCGAGAUUAACAAAUUCUUCACCAGGAGUGUCCAGAACUAUAUUAUCUCAUCACGAGCGAUUCAAGGACAGCGAGAGAUGCAGGCAGCGUCACCCGAGGAGAGAGCUGAUGUUGUCCAGCGCUGGAAUAAUGCCAAGUACGACCUGAAGAACCACUAUGUGUUGAAGAAGAAAGAGAACACGGCAGGAAAACUUCCAGCGAACCAGGCCACAUCUGCUAGUGGAGAAGGAGGGCUCGAAGCUCCAAAGACGGGGUGGCUGCAAACCAGACGCAUGUCGUUUGAGGAACGGAAAAAGUUGCAGGCUCAAAGGGACGAAUGGAAGAAGGGGUACGUCGAUGUGAAGCUCCCAGAGUAUAACGACAGCAUUUCAGAUGUGCAAACGAUAUCGUCGGAGGACAAGGAACUUGAGUUAGCCAUCCAGGCUUCAGUUCGGGAGACAUCGCAUGGCAAUGCCGAAGAAGAUGCCAUGAUUGAGGCAGCUAUCCGGGAGAGUAUUAGGGCUGUGCGUGACAGAGUCCAGUCGACUGAUACCGCUGGCCCAUUGCCUACAAAGGAUAUGACUAUCUUUGACGACGAGCAAUAUCAGAUCACCGAUGCGGAGUACCAGGAUCUCAUCGAGAAGGCGAUCCAGCAAAGUUUGGGCUCCGACGCACCCCUUCCUCAGGAGGCUGGGUUUGUCGAGCUUGAUUCGGGAGAAACCACAGUUCUCCCGCAACCUCAACAGCGUGAAAAUGAUGAUGAGGGCGAUGCUGACCUUCAGCGCGCUAUUGAGGAGUCACGGAAUGCUCCUACGGCUCCACCUCCCGACGUGGAGGAAGAGGAGGAGCUGCAGCGCGCCAUUGCGGCCUCGAAAGACGAAAUGCAACACGAGAUGAGCCAACGAACCGAGGAAGAUAUCGUCAUGGAAUAUGUCAAGAAGCAGAGUCUUGCAGAAGAAGAGUACCGACGGCAGAGGACGAAGGAUAAAGGGAAAAGCGCGGAGGAUGAUGACGACGACGACGAAGAGCUAAGAAGGGUGUUGGAAGAGAGCCUCAAGGUUAGCAGGGGGGAUGAUUCGGGCCCGUCAGGGAUCUAAUGGUAUCGAGAUUUGAGGUAAGGGAUGCAGCAUGUUUGAUGUAUUUUUUGACUAUAAUUGGCGAGUAGGAUACCCAAUGUUUGCAUGAGAUGCGAGAACUAGGGAUUCCAGCGUAUUUCUUG